UUACUCAAACGACCCUGGCCUCACUGAUCAUGCCACGUGACCUAUAAAAUAAACAGCAAAUUAAAUUUCCAAACGUAGAGAAAAGUUACUCAAAGACCACACGACACAAGUCUAGCAUGGCUUUGUCGGCGCAUUCAGUUGAGAUCGAGAAUUUGCUGGCUCUGAAUCCAAGAAUUCCUAAAAAAGCCAACUUUGUGCCAACAGUUGCAACAAAGCGCAACAAGAAACACUGGAAGAGAAACCAGAAAAAGAACUGUGGGACAUGCAACACUCUUGAGAAGAACUUUGAUGACAUCAAGCACACCACCCUGAGUGAAAGAGGAGCGUUGAAAGAAGCAUCCAGGUGCCUAAAGUGUGCAGAUGCCCCAUGCCAGAAAAGCUGUCCCACUCAGCUUGACAUCAAGAACUUCAUUUCUUGCAUUUCUACCAAGAACUACUACGGAGCAGCCAAGGCCAUCUUCAGCGACAACCCUCUUGGUUUGACAUGUGGCAUGGUGUGCCCCACAAGUGACCUGUGUGUUGGAGGGUGCAACCUCUAUGCAUCUGAAGAAGGACCAAUCAACAUUGGAGGACUCCAGCAAUUUGCUACUGAAGUCUUCAAAGAAAUGAAGUUGCCCCAGAUCCGUGACCCAAGUCUGACACCUCUAGACCAGCUUCCAAAGAGCUAUGAUGCCAAGGUUGCGCUUAUCGGGUGUGGACCAGCAUCUAUUAGCUGUGCAACGUUUCUUGGUCGUCUUGGAUACAAAGACCUUACUAUCUUUGAAAAACAAGAGUAUAUUGGUGGUUUGAGUUCUUCUGAGAUCCCGCAGUUUCGUCUUCCAUAUGACGUCGUGGAUUUUGAAGUUCGUCUCAUGACAGAUCUGGGUGUUAAGGCCUACCCCAGCCCAAGCAGUUCCAUGUGUUUGAAGGUCUUACCAUAGAGAAUGGUUUCUACACAUCAAAGAAUUUUCUACCAGUUGUCUCAGGCGGAAGCAAACCAGGUAUGUGUUCAUGCAAGAGUCAGCUGCCCCAGCUGACCGGCAGCGUCAUCGUACUAGGAGCAGGAGACACGGCUUUCGAUUGCUGUACCUCAGCCCUGCGCUGUGGAGCCAAGAGGGUGUUUGUUGCCUUCAGAAAGGGGUUCACUAACAUCAGAGCAGUCCCUGAAGAGAUGCAGCUUGCUGUGGAUGAGAAAUGUGAAUUCCUUCCUUUCAUGUCUCCUAAAAAGGUAAACGUAAAGGAUGGGAAAAUAGUAUCGAUGGAGUUCUUCAAGACAGAACAGCUUGAUGAUGGGACAUGGAUUGAAGAUGAAGAUCAGACAAUGAAGAUCAAAGCAAACUUUGUCAUAUCGGCCUUUGGAUCAACACUGAAUGACAAGAAGGUUGCUGAAGCUUUGUCCCCAGUCAAACUCAACAAGUGGGGCCUACCGGAAGUGAACCCUGAAACCAUGGCAACCAGCGAACCUGGAGUGUAUUGUGGUGGUGACUUGGCGGGUGCAGCUAAUACAACUGUUGAGAGUGUCAACGAUGGAAAACAUGCUGCAUUCUUCAUUCACAAGUAUUUACAGUCCCUUGAAAACAUCACCGUCCCUGACGAACCCAGUCUCCCUCGGUUCUUCACCCCCGUCGAUCAAGUUGACCUCAGUGUCGAAAUCUGCGGGCUCAAGUUCUCCAACCCAUUUGGCCUUGCGAGCGCUCCUCCUACCACCACGUCAGCCAUGAUGAGGCGAGGUUUCCAAGCUGGAUGGGGAUUUGCUUUGACAAAGACGUUUAGCUUGGAUAAGGAUAUUGUCACCAACGUGUCGCCUCGAAUCGUCCGCGGGACCACCUCGGGUAACGUGUAUGGUCCCGGACAGGGCUCUUUCUUGAACAUCGAGCUGAUCAGCGAGAAAACUGCUGCCUAUUGGUGUAGGUCCAUUACAGAGCUGAAGAAAGACUUCAAAGACCAGAUACUCAUCGCUAGCAUCAUGUGUGGUUAUAUCAAGGAAGACUGGACAGAGCUCGCCAAGAUGGCAGAGGACGCAGGUGCGGAUGCCCUGGAGUUGAAUCUGUCCUGCCCACACGGUAUGGGAGAGAGAGGCAUGGGUCUAGCUUGUGGACAGAAUCCUGAGUUGGUUCGUAACAUUUGUCGUUGGGUUCGUGCUGCUGUCAAGAUCCCAUUCUUCGCCAAACUGACUCCAAAUGUCACUGAUAUAAUAGCCAUAGCAAGGGCAGCAAAAGAGGGUAAAGCUGAUGGAGUAACAGCUACCAACACAGUAUCAGCCCUGAUGGGUCUCAAGAAUGACGCCGCUGCAUGGCCAAAUGUCGGCCGAGAACAUAAGACCACAUAUGGUGGAAUGUCCGGUAACGCCAUCCGUCCCAUCGCACUACGUGCCGUGUCUGCCAUUGCUAAUGCUCUUCCUGGAUUCCCUAUCCUGGCAACUGGUGGUAUUGACAGCGCUGAUGCUGCGUUGCAGUUCAUUCACUGUGGUGCCAGUGUAGUCCAGGUGUGUAGCGCUGUACAGAACCAAGAUUUUACUGUAGUGGACGACUACAUCUUGGGCCUCAAGUGUCUCUUAUACAUGAAGUCAGUGGAAGAGUUUGGUGAGUGGAAUGGACAGUCUCCACCAACACCAAGACACCAGCUGGGGAAACCACUACCGAGGGUUGCAGACGUUAUUGGAAAGGGUCUUCCUAACUUUGGGCCGUUCUUAAAGCAACGAAACGAAAUCAUAGCUAAGAACAAACGAGAGGGCAACAUCCUUACUGAGGGGGUAACCCCACCGGCAAAAACAAGAACAUUAGUCAAACAGUCAAAACCAACACCUUCAGUCAAGGACAUUAUUGGAUUGGCACUUGACAAGAUAGGUAACUAUGGAGACCUUGACAACAAACAGCAAGUGAUAGCUAAGAUUGAUGAAGAAAUGUGCAUCAACUGUGGCAAGUGCUACAUGACCUGCAACGACUCUGGUUACCAGGCUAUCGAGUUUGACCCGGUGACCCACCUGCCACGUGUGACUGAUGACUGUACUGGGUGCACGCUGUGUGUUAGUGUCUGUCCUAUCAUAGACUGUAUCACCAUGGUUAACAGGCCAACACCCUACGUCCCCAACCGAGGUGUCCCUCUCGCUGUCAUGGCGGAGUCUUAAGCCCACUACCUUAUAUCAGCAUGUUUAUUACGUUCUAUAUAUUGAAUAGGAUAUAUGUUAUCAGUGAACUGGCUUUUCUUAUUAAUAGUUUGAUAUUAUCUAAGGUAGUGUUAGAUUUAGAAUUGUAUUGCACGUGCACAAGUAGUGUGAAACGUAAUAUAUUCAAUAUUUAAUGCACUGUGUUUAGGAUAUACUACAACCUGCAAUAUGAUUUUUCAUACAUAAACUACCACAAUCCUUUUCUAAAUCUUUUUUCAUAUUCAAAUGUUAAAUCUCCUUUUGAGAAUACCAAUACAAUAGUGAAAAUUAGCUACCAAAAGGGAUUGUGUAAGUGUAGGUAUAAAACGUCGCCGUGCUUGAGGCCUAUUGGUUGUACAUGUGUUAGGCUGUGAAUGGUAGAUAGUGCUUGGUAGAAGCAUGGAAAGGAAGACAAGAGAAAGGUGUUAGAAAGGAGGGUAAUUGGAGGUAUUAUAGAUGUUUAAUUCUUAUCUACUUACUUUUAACAUGCACGUAUAGCCUCGUAAUGCUCUGUUCCAUGGGACAAUCCCAUUAGCCUUGUAUUAUCUUAUCCUGUUUGAUCAUAUCUUUCUCUCGCCAUUCUUCACACGAAGAAAGAAUCUCUGAUCCCGCUGCAUCCCAUGACUAUGUAUACUACCUUUUAUCCUGUAUGUGCCCCCGUGCCCUGCUUUACCCUUAUUCCCCUCCACCCUGUACUCACCGAUUAUCCUGUAUUCAUCUUUUAUGUUCACCCUUGCCCAGCUUCACUCCUGUUCCCCUCCACCCUGUACUCACCUUUUGUCCCCAUUGCUCUGUUUUACCCUUUACCCUGUACUUAACUGUUAUCUUGUAGCAUCUUUCAUCCUGUAUAUUUCCCCCGUACCUACCUAUGACCACUCCGUUACUCCUACAAUAACCCAUUACUGUUACUAAGCUUAGACACAGGACUAGCCAUAAAUUCCUUUUGAAUUUUUUGUUGUUUUUUGUUGUUUUGUUUUUUUGAAAUUCAUUCAUAAUCCAUCUUCGAAUUUCAGGGAUAAAAAGAGGUUGUCUAGGACUUCAACGUUUUCAUAUUAAUUCAUUAUAGUUAAGAAUAAAUGUGUAUUCUACAA